UUUACUGACGAUUGCCAUGUGAGUUGUUGUUUACUAAAACUGUAUUCGUCUUAUACAUUUCAUAACACGAAGAUUACUUUCUAAAAAUAAUCUUUUGCACAUGGAAGCAAGUGAGGGCAUUACUUCAGCUGCUGAAGUAGACGAAGUCGUGUUUGAAACAGAUGUGUAUUUAUCGAAAACUCUGGCUGGGAAUCUUUAUUUAUUCCAUUACCCUACGAAAAGUUCUUCUAUUGAAGUUCAAGAUGAAUGUUUAUCUGCUAAAAUCAAACCCAAACAACAGAAGGUGGAAUUUGAAAUGGCCAUUAACACUGUUUCUCCAAAUUAUGAUAAAGAUAGAGGAGAAAGCAUCGCUUUCAAUGUUGAUGGUUAUAAUGCGUCUGGUGAGACAUAUUUCAAGAGCUCUCUUAUGGAUAAAUAUACUCUUUCUGCAACCAAAGCUGGUUCUGCUAUAGAAAGCUAUGCAGUUGGCUACCUCAGAAAAGGUGAACUACAUAUAACUCCUUUGCAUUCUGUUGUGGAAUUUCGACCUAGUUUUACUUAUAUGGAUAAAAUGGAGGCUCAAGCAAAGAAGGGCAAUGAAGAAGAAGAGGAAGAAGAAGAAGCUGUACCUGUCACUGUACGUUUUGAAGGUCCAAAUGCUGAAAGAGAUCGUCAGAUACAGCAGAAGUCAUAUAAAUACCUACAACAGAAAAGUGCUACUGAACCUUGGAUAGAUGUUGCAUACCAUCCAUUAGGGUCUACACUUUCAAAAUCAGAAUUUGAAUUACUUUCAUGCUCUGAAAUGAGCAAAAAGGUUACUGUGAAUUGUGUCUCACCUGAAGACUAUUUGAAGGACCUUGUUCCUGAAUGUUUACGUCUUUCCGGCUAUCAUUCUUUGAGAGAUGAAGAAAGUGCAAUUCUCUUAGAUAAACCUCUUUCUGACCAAAUUAAACAUCUCAUGAUAAAUGCUCAUGUAUUAAGAUUUUCCACAUUACUGGAGAAACUUUCUCCUGAUGUAGAUCCUGUUAGUGUCGAGAGGUUGAUCCAGCAGAUUGCUGUUUUGGUGCAAGGAUGUUGGGUUGUCAAAAGUGAGCUAUUAUAUGAUGAAAAUUCUGUAAGCCCACUGACUGGAUUAAGUUCUAAAUUGCUUAUCAGUGCAAGAGACUAUGUGGUGUGGAUGUUCACAAAAUCAAGGUGCAUUACCCGCAGUGAAGUUCUGUCUGCAAUUUAUGUACCUAAUGAAGAUCUUACUUGUAUGAUUAGUCAGAUUGCUGUUAAAUCCAACAAAGUGUGGGAGUUCAAAUUCCCUUUUGAUGCAGAAUUUGUUGAAAGUCAUCGAGGUACUGAGCAAAGUCAAGAAAUAAAAUGGAAUUUGAGGUAUAAAAAGUUGGUAAAGGAACUCAGUUUAGGAUUGUCUGAUCCAGAAGCUGCCCCUCAAAAAUCUAUCUCCCCUUCCACAUCUCGACCAAGACAGAAGCGACAUUCUCGAAGCUCGAUGAGUGAGGAAGGAGAGGAAAGUGGUACUGAUAGUAUGAGUGGAUCUAAAGACACCAAAAGCAAAAGAGCAUAUUCUCCCAAAAAACGCUCAGGCCAGAGUCCAACAAAGGCUGGGAAAGCUAAGCAGUUUCAGAUAGCAACGUUAGAUGUUUCGCCCACAUUUCUGGAAACUUCUCUUCCCGAAGAUGUGAAAACGGAUUUGCGGGAUCUUGUUGGUGAAGCUAUACGUGCACAAUUUUGCAUGACUUACAGUGAAUUGAAAGAGCUUAUAGCAGAAAGCCAUUUAAGUGUCCUUGUUAACAGAAGUGACUUUGAAAAAUUGCUGGAUGAAAUUCUCAUGAAUUUAGGUGCCCAGAAACUAAAGAAUAAGUGGCCUCAGAAUACCAUACCAGAAUCCUUAUAUGCUAUUACUAGGUUGGGAAACAAAUUAGACAGGUAUCGGAAUACUUUAUUAGAUUUAUUUUCUACUACUGCUAGAACAAGAAUGAACUUAUUUGUUAAGAAAGUUGAAGAUGAAUUAAGAGAAAUAAUUUCAGAGUCAGACUGUAGACAAAUAUUUGAAAGAUUUUUCACUUGAAGAUAACUGAUGUCCUGGCUGACCUUCUGAAUUUGAUGAUGUCAAAAUCAAAGGCAUAACUGAAUAGAAUCAUUAUAUAACUGUGCAAGAGACUACAAAAAGCUUAAAUGUGUCACACACAAGAACUGAAAAUCACAUAGAAUAUCUUGGACUCGCUAAGAACCUUAAUACUUGGGUUCCCUAUGACUUUAAAGAAAUUCACAUAACACAACGAAUCAAUAUUUGCGAUACACAUUUUGAACAUAAUGCAAUCGAUACUUUUUAAAAUUAAUUAUCACUGGUGAUGAAAAAUGGAUAGUCUACAAUAACAUUAAUCAAAAAAGAUCAUAGUCCGAGCAUUAUGAAUCAGCACAAAUCAUAUCGAAAGUUAAAUUUCAUGCCACCAAUUUGGUAGUAUUACAAAGAUGUUGUGCAUUUUCAGCUGCUUCCGAGCACUCGCACAUAUUUAACAACUUGUAUAAAAUUACUGGAGCUUGGCUAGGAAGUGAUAUUGCAUCUCCCAAAUAGCCCCGACCUUGCACCACUGGAUUAUAAUUUAUUUCGAAGUUUACAAAACUUCUUAACCCUUAACAAUCCUCUCCUGUCCACGAAAAUUUCUCCACAGCGGCCCUUUGUUUUUCGCAGCAUGUAAUGUUGUUUUCUCUGUACAUACAUAACUUUCGUAGUGAAUGAAUGUAAAUGAAUAUUAAGUAAAAUUAUAAGGAAAUAAAGCAUAAUGGAAAAGUAAUAAUAUCUCUGCUUAUUUCUAAC